UCUGCCAGUCUGUGUAAUAAGCAGAAACAUUAACAACCCGUACAACGACCUACUUUUUACAGUCCGUUUCCAGUGGACAUCUUCUGAGCACCAAAUUGCGAACAUUUUCCAGAAGAAAUACCAGAGCAGGCCAUCGGUAGCGGGAAAAUAAGAAUCUUGAAGUAAAACGUGCCGAAUUCUUUCUCCUCACUCUUCUUGGUCUCGACUUUGACGUGAGGGAGGUGACCUCAUCAGUCACUGACUGGAUCGAGACAUUUCCCUUUUUUUCCUGUCCUGCGAAGUUAUUUAGGCUAAAGACAAUGUAAAAGUCAGAAAAUGACUGACGGCAGAUUAUAAAAAUAUGUAAUUUUUCUUACACCUGGAACCGAUUAUUAGCCCUUUAACCCUUUUUGUACCGCGAAAUAAUCUGUAUAUUAGGGUAAAAAAAAAACAGUGUAGGGAAGGGCACCGAUGUUUCGAUGCUUGGUACAGAAAGUGUGAAGCAACCAGCUUCCCGGUGUGCAAUCUUUAUGUGAAUUAAUUACCAAAGCGGGGUGAUAUUUAACUUUUUGGGGGUGGGGUAAUCUACAAAAUUUUUACCUGAAAACAUGAUUUUGUUAAAAAGAGAAAAUCGGCGUUUUUGUGUUCACUAUCUCAGAGAUUUGCUGGUGAAAGUUUUCUGCGUUCUUCAGUUAAUCUGGUGCAUGCCAAAGUUGUGUUCUUCCAACCCUUGUAUGGGAACUUAUGUGAACGGGCGAUCGCCGUGCCGAGUUGUCUAUGUGUACUUAGAUGCGAUCGAUACCUACAAGAACCAGAUAGUGCAGUGUGAGGUAUUCGGUGCCCGGAUUGCACGAAUUCAUAUCGACAAAGAAGCAGCUUUGGCCUCCCAGAUGCCAAACUUUAUCAAAAUGAAAAAUUAUUUCAUCGGAGCUCGGCAGGGUAAAGACGGCGCUUACAGAUGGGAGAAUUCCAGCCUAGUUGGUAAUUUUGAUGCCGACUUGUGGGGUUGGAACCCUCUUCUAAAGGAAACCUCGAGGGUCGCAUCGUACUGCUUGGCUCUUAACAUGACGAAAAAAUGGGGCAGAAUACCUUGUGGUCAACCGUCACCAGCUAUAUGCCAACUGUGCGUUGUUCCGAACCCACCUUUGGAUUCUUGCUUCGUGCACUGUGUCUGCCCGGGCGGUAAAGUGCUGUGUAAAACCAAGGGGGGUCGAUGUGAGAAAGGGUGUGCGUUUGCUCGAUCGGGCGAGUUGUGCGACCAAACGCCAUGUCCCGUCGACAGGUUUGGGGAAGGAUGUAAAUACCUGUGUUACUGCAACAAUAACACAGCCUGCGACUUGGUCACAGGAGAGUGCCCGUCAGACUGUCUGUAUGGAUGGACUGGGAAAGCGUGUAAUAAAACCUCCUGCGGCCUGCACACAUUCGGCGCCACUUGUGAUCGCUACUGCUACUGCCACAAUGACCAGCAGUGCGAUCCCAACAACGGAGAUUGCUUCACAGGCUGCCACAGAGGAGCCUACGGAAGCUCGUGUGUCCAGUCCAGUUGCCCUACUGGUUUGUAUGGACAUCGCUGCCGAAGGUCGUGCCACUGCAAAAUCGGCACCGCGUGCUCCCAAACGGAUGGCCUCUGCUUCAUGCCCGGUUGUGUGAACCGCCAUUGGAAAGGUUUGAGCUGCAACGAGACCAAGUGCUACACGGGGUCAUUUGGCCUCAACUGUCUAAUGUUCUGCGCUUGCAAAAACAGACUGCCAAGAGCCAGGCAUGUGGGGUCAGGAAUGCAAGACACCUUGCGAGGACUCCAAGUGUUCCGUCUGCGAUAGAUGGGAAGGCAACCACUGUCACGAGUGCAGAGAUGGUUUUGAGAAGACGCCAAAAAACACGUGCUCACCGGAGUGCAUUGACGAUCGUGUGUGGGGCGACACGUGCGCUCGACCGUGCGAAGAUAAAAACUGUGCGAAGUGUCGGAAGUUUGAUGGUUCUCAUUGCGUCGUGUGUGAGGAUGGCUAUGUGAUCACCCCUACCAAAAACUGUUCAAAGGAUAUUUACAUCGCUACCGAAGGUGAUAUUAAAAUAGAAGGCAGCCAUUCGAUCACUAUGGAGCUCACAGUUGCGUUGAUUCUGGAAACUGCUGUCUGCAUCGCUUUGUAUUAUAUGUGCGGAUGCCACAAACGGGGAUAUGUGAACAAGGAAAAACGGCGCAACAACUGUAGUAUGGACCAUCAAUGGGUUGAAGGGGCCCUGCAGAGACGUUCUGUGUUCGUGGCCAAUGCUCAGGAGAUGGAGAGAUUGGAGGAUGAGGAGAGGCAGGCGAAGGAGUUGCAGGAGUUGAAGAUGUUGAAUAUGUUAGACCAAAGCCGAAGUAAAGAUGGGGGGACAGGGGAUGAGGGAGGAGGAGAAAAUGGCAACGAGGAAGACAACUUGCUCGAAGCGAAGUCGAAGGGGAGGGUAGAUGAUCCUAUCUGAUCCUUUUUGCCCUGUGAAUCUUUAGAGAAUGUUAGCCAUUAACUCUUUAAUGUCGUAGUGGCAGGCCCGGAUUUAGGCAUGUGAUAGGCGUGCUUAAGCACAGGGCCUCGGAGCCAGGAGGGGGGGGGGGACCUCGGGUCAACGGGAAACUAUGACCAAAUGGGCCUCGAGUUGGGGACGGUAGCAAGAAACAGGUGUAAAAAUUGUGAUAAGAAGAAACAACAUGCAAUAAACGAAACGUCGCUAAAGACUCAAUUCCUUUAAUUAAAACUGAAAAUAAUUAUUUUGGCCCCUAAAAGAGUAUCUGGUAACAUCCGAUGUACACAAGCUUUGCUUGCCAAAUGCUGUGUUGGACUGGAGCAAUGCCAUUCUACGUAAAUCUAGUCCAGGACUAUCCUCCUUCAUCGAUGUACUAGACUAUAGCAUCUUAUUGUAUUGUAACCAAAGAUAAUGUAACCUAGAUCUAGAAUCAAGAUUCUACGGGUAAGGUAGGCUGGGAUAACAUGGUUUCAGCACCGAUAGAUCUUAUCUCGACUAGAAAAAAGAUAAAGUGAUGCAUUUGAUGAAAUGAAGGGUAAGUGUCAGUCAGAGCGGGGUUAGAGCGGGGUUUGGCAUUCAGAGGAGAUGAAGAAACUUUUAUUUCACCAAACAAUGGAAACUUCAUGGGAUUGUUAAGCUAGAGUUUAUUGCCAAGUUCGACCCGUUUCUACAUGAGCACAUCAAGCAGCAUGGCAACAGAGGGUCUAGUCAAACAUCUUAUUUGUGAAAAACAAUUUGGGAGGAAAUAAUACAACUGAUGGCCGAAAAAGUUAGAAGUUCGAUUAUCAAUUACAUCAAACAAGCUGGGUACUUCAGUAUAUCAGUGGACUCGACACCCUAUGUUUCAAAUGUUGACCAAUAACUCUCAUCGUUAGAUUUGUAUCUCCCGAGGAUGGGAUUCCUACUGAGGGGUUUUUACAUUUUUUUAAACUUCAAGACGACACGGGAAAUGGCAUGGCAGAGCUGAUUCUUAAUUAUUUUAAUGAAAUUGGAAUAGAUUUCAGUAAAUGUAGAGAUCAGUGAUUCAACAAGGCAGCCAACAUGGCUGGCGAGUAUAAUGGAGUCAAACAAAGAAUAUUUGAGGAAAACAAAUUUGCAAAAUUCGUUCCACGGGCCGGCUAUUCUCUUUACCUUAUAUGGCGUGCCGUUGUUAAUUCACGCUUGGAGGCAGUUAAUUUCUUUGGGAUCGUAAACGAAUUAUACUGUUUUUUCUCUGCUUCAACAAAACGGUGGGCCACUCUAAAACGCUUCUUUUUUUACCAAAGUCAAGAGUCGUCCAACAUUUAUCUGAUACAAGGUGGGAGGCUCACGCAAAAGCUACUUCUUCAGUUAAGGAUAGUUACCCUCAACUAAUAGAUAAUAGAUAAUAGGCUUUACCAAGCAUUCAAGAUGAUACCAAUGAGAAGGGUGGUACCAGACGAAAGGCCAGAAUUUUGCAUCUAAAGAUGAAAGAAAAAAAUGGGAAUUUGUCUUCAUGCUACAUCUUUGGACAAUUCUGCUUUAACGUUUCAACAAAGUCAGAAAGACAUUGCAGAAUCCUGAAGUGACGUUGAAUACUUGUGCAAAUCUUUAUACUUCUCUGCAAGACUUUCUCUCAACAGCUAAGGAUAACUUUGACGAAAUUUAGCAAAAUGCACAGCAAACAAACAUUGCCAGGUGUUGACUACAAAACCCCCAGAAGAAAAAGAAAAAAAAUACACGUGCGGGUGAUGGCCCUUCUCCCAACGCAUUAGACAACACGCCUGCAAGUGAAAGGUUCAAAAUAAAAUCUUUCUUUACAACAA